GGCCGUUAAAAACAAGAAGAUAGAACGGCGGUAAGCAUGGAAACGUUUUGUGGUUCGAAACUUUGGGAUCAGCAGCUGACAUGGAAUACAACAAAUCCUGACUUAACUCCUUGUUUCCAGAAGACAAUAUUAGCUUGGGUUCCAUUUGGGUUUCUCUGGCUGUUGGCUCCUUGGGAAACAUUUAAUCUUCUUACCUCAAAAAACCGCUACAUACCCUGGACAGUCAUCAACAUUUUGAAACUUAUUUUGACCUCAGUAUUGGCAUUUUUGGCUCUAGUAGAACUUAGUCAUAAUGUUCAUCGAAGUGUGGCCUUAGCAGAAACUGUACCAAAUGUUGACUUUCAAACUCCUUUUCUGAAGUUAAUAUCAUUUCUUCUCGUCAUAGUCUUGGUGUUAACAGGGAGAGUUCGAGGGAUUGUUUCUUCAGGAGUCCAAUUCUUUUUUUGGGUUCUCUUAGCGAUCUCAGGUCUAGUCACUUACCGUUCAAUUAUACAGGAGGCAGUAAAUGAAAUGACCAUCAGAGAUAUAGCCACAUUUUCCACUGCAAUGAUUUAUUACCCAGUUGUUUUAGUGUGCCUUAUUCUUUCUUGUUUUGCUGAUGCCAAACCCCAAUACAGGGAGUAUCAACCUAGUCCUGAUGAGGAUGAAUGUCCAGAACAAAAUUCCUCUUUCCUGUCUCGUUUAUUGUUCUCAUGGUUUACAGAGAUGACACUCAUUGGAUGGAAAAGAUCCCUUGUACAGUCAGACCUGUGGGCUCUUAAUUUUGAGGAUAAAGCAGAAAAUGUUGUGCCAAAAUUUGAUCGUUAUUGGCAAGAACAAAUAUCCAGGUGUCAAAUCCUUUCAAGUUCUGCAACAUAUAGUCCUCGAAGACAGAACAGAGAAGAAGUAAAAUUCGCUCACACACCAACAAAAAUUCAACCCAACAUAGUAACAGCUUUAUGGAAAACUUUUGCUCCGUUAUUUCUUUAUGGCUCUCUGUGCAAAGUUUUUCAUGAUCUCAUCAUAUUUGUCAACCCACAGCUAUUAAAGCUUUUAAUAGGAUUUGUUUCAAGUAAUGAACCUGUGUGGAAGGGAAUUUUUUAUGCUGUCUUGAUGCUUGUUGCCUCAUCUAUCCAAUCUCUCACAUUGUCAUUUUAUUAUCAUCACAUGUAUAUUGUUGGAAUGAGAAUGCGUACAACCAUAAUCUCUGCAAUUUACCGAAAGGCUCUUGUAAUGUCUAAUGCUGCAUAUAGAAAAUCUACUGUAGGAGAAGUUGUUAACCUUAUGUCUGUGGAUGCUCAACGAAUUAUGGACCUUAUGAAUUUCCUAAAUCUGCUUUGGUCAGCUCCUUUACAAAUAAUCCUCGCUAUGUACUUUUUGUGGAAUGUGUUGGGGGCAGCUGUCUUUGCUGGUGUUGGUCUUAUGGUGCUUAUGAUUCCUCUUAAUGGAGUAAUAGCCAGUUUUUCAAGAAAAUUACAGGCCAAACAGAUGAAAACAAAAGAUCAGAGGAUAAAACUAAUGAAUGAAGUUCUGAAUGGGAUUAAAGUUUUAAAGCUGUAUGCAUGGGAAGAACCAUUUCAACAACAAAUUCUAAAUAUCCGUCUGAGUGAGGUACAAGAUCUGAAGAAGAUAGCAUACUUAAAUGCUGUCAAUGUAUUUCUGUGGAUAUCGGCACCAUUUUUGUAGCACAAUGUGCCUGAAAAGAAAUUAUGAUGAACUAUCAAUGGGUCACAAGGCAAACAUCUUGACAUCCAUACAGUGGAAGUUACACAACCAUUUACUUCAACUAAGGUUUUUCCAGGACUGCAAAUGUAACAG